GGGGACGUGGAGGUUGGGAAGGAUACGGAGGUGGAGGAGGAGGAUGGGUUGGAGCCGAAGCCCCUUGGGGACCGAACUACCCGGAGGGCAGGGGCAGAGGCAGGGGCAGGGGCAGGCUUGGUGGCGCCGGGAUGUGGGGAGGACCCGCCGCCGGCUGGGCCGAAAGCAGUGGUGGAGUCACAGCUCCGGUGCUGGCUGCAGGAGGCGGCGGCGAGGGCAGGAGGCCUCCUGCAGGCGACACGCGGCUGGCAGGUGGCCCUGCGGCUGCUGCUGCUUGCGGAGGAGCUGCUGUUGCCGGGGGCCCGGCUGCGGCUGCUGCUAUGGCUGCCGCCGCUAGCGCCGGCUGGGCGGCCGGUGUGGGGACUGCUAUAGGUUGC